AACCCUAAUUCAAAACCCACCCGCGACCCGACAGAAGAGAAGACAGGCUUUUUCCAUUUGGAUUGAAUCACUACCCUGUCCCUUCCGUUUCUUCAAUACGUCAUCGGAAAACCUCUCUCUCUCUCUCUCUCUCUCUCUCUCUCUAGAAAUCGAUACAACGCAAUUGCCUAGGAAUCCAGAUUUGCUGCAUUAUUAGGGUUUCGACUGCUUCAGAUAGUACACACGAUGUAUGCAGAUCGUGUGGAGAGUACAACGCGGAGGACCAUAAAGGAGCGUCUAUACGGUAACACCGGAGACGAUUCCGGCCGUCGAAGGCAGGUUACGGGCAAGAGGCAGAGGCAAGAUGAUGACAAGUGGGAACAUGAUCUUUACAAGGAUGGUCAACCCCAAGUGUCAAAUCGCAGUAUUGGUGUGAAAGAUCUUCGGUUCAAGCUCCAGAAGAAAAGCGUCCAGCAAGAAAAUCAAAGUGGAAAUGGAUCUGUUUCCGCCACAAGGGAUCUGCGUGAAAAGCUUUCUGGUGAGAUAUACUUGAAUCCAGUGAAAACUGAUAAUCCAACGCCGAAGCCUGUGCUUGGGGGGAGUAAACCUGUGAAGAAGACUGUUAUUGUUGAAGCCCCUGAACCAGAAACGAAAAAAGUUGCUAGUUCAAUUGCAAGGAAAAAGACUCAGCAAAAGGUUGAAUCCGUUGAUAGUUUUCUGCAGUCUCUUGGUCUGGAAAAGUACUCAAUUACAUUCCAAGCUGAGGAAGUUGACAUGACAGCGCUUGUGUACAUGACUGAUGAGGACCUAAAGGCUUUAGGAGUACCAAUGGGUCCAAGAAAGAAAAUAAUUUUGGCAUUGGAGACGAGAGUCUGAUAAAGGUUGCACUGCCUUUGUUUAAUCACCAUUCACCAGCCUAGUUUCAACUGGUACGACUGGGUGUAACUGUUAAUUUCCAGCUGUAUUUGGUGAGAGUGCCUUCUGCAAGCCCAUUGUUGGUGCUAUUCUCAAUAGAAAAUUCCUAGAGUGGGGAAGAAUAACUUUAAUCUGAUGAAUUUGACAGUUGCUUUGUUAUGGUAGUGUUGGUUUCUUUUCCAUCUGGGGCUGUACUUAAUUUUGGUUAUUGUUCCCUUCAAACACUAAUUUUGGUUAAUGUUGGUAUACCUUCUCUGGAUUUA